CUGCUCGCGUUCGGGCAGCGCUCGACGCGUGCCAUCCUUCGCCGCGGCGAGUGGUGGCGGCUCGCGACGCCGAUGUUCUUGCACUCUAAUGUGGAACACCUCCUGUCGAACCUCUGUGCCCUCUACAACCACGGCUGUCAUGUGGAGGAAGGCCACGGAUGGUGGCGCACGCUGCUCGUGUACGUCCUGUCGGGCAUCGGCGGGAACUUCCUCGCGGCCUACAUGGAGGGGCCGGCCUCGAAUAUUGUAGCAGUGGGCGCGAGCGGCGCGAUUUGCGGUUUGGAGGCGGCGCGAGUCGUCGACGCCGUGCGGCACCUCGGCGCGCGGCCGGAGGAGGUCCUAAGGGACAUUGUCAUCCGGGAGGUCCUGAACAAGAGGUUGGGCAACAUCGACGUCCACGGGCACGUCGGUGGCUAUCUGACUGGUUUCGUCGCGGGCGCGGCCUUCGGAAGGCGCCUGGUCUUGGAGCGGGACGCGAAGGGCGGCCUGCGCGUCGUCGACCGGCCCCUCCUCGGGUUCUUGUUGUAG